AUGAUCAGUAGAAAGCACUGUUGGGUUAUUAGGAGGUACAACAGCAGUCACACUUGUACCAAAGCAACCAUCUCUCAGGAUCAUUCCAAGCUGGAUUCAAAUACGAUUGCCGAAGCCAUAAAGCCGUUGGUUGAGGCUGACCCCUCUUUAAAGGUAAAAUCAGUUAUUGCAGAAGUGCAAUCGAAGUUCAACUACACGGUCAGCUAUCGAAAAGCAUGGUUGACAAAGCAGAAGUCCAUUGAGAAGAUAUUUGGAGGUUGGGAAGCAUCCUACGAAGCGUUGCCCAUAUGGUUCGAGGCCAUGUGUCAUAAGGAACCAUCAGCUGUCGUACAUUUUGAGACUAUGCCUGCAUAUCAAGGGGAUGAUUUGGUAACUGAUAUCCGGGUAUUGCAUCGAGUCUUUUGGAGCUACUACCCAUGCAUUAGAGCGUUCAGACACUAUAAGCCAGUUGUCCAAGUGGACGGGACUCACUUGUACGGAAAGUAUAAGGGUUGCUUGUUAGUGGCCGUUUCGCAGGAUGGUAACAACAAUAUCGUGCCGAUUGCAUUUGCUAUUGUCGAGGGAGAGACCUCUGAUGCUUGGCACUUUUUCCUCAGUAACCUACGUCAACAUGUUGUGACUCGGGAUGGUGUGUGGCUGAUAUCGGACCGACAUGAGUCCAUAAAUGCAGCUGUGGAACGUAGUCACGGAGCUUGGUCACCUCCUAGAGCUUUCCACAUGUUUUGCAUCAGGCAUAUAGAAUCGAACUUUCUGAGAAAAUUCAAGGCACCCUAUCUGCAAAAGCUUAUCGUCAAUAUAGGAUAUUCGAGGAUGGUUCGUGAGUAUGAAUUGCGUUACCAGCAUUUACGAGAGCGGGGCGAGGCGUAUACUAACUGGUUAAACCAUAUUCCCCAUGAACAGUAUGCGUUGGCAUUCGAUGGUGGCUACCGAUGGGGUCACAUGACGACUAAUCUAGUGGAGUGCAUCAACUCAGUCUUGAAGGGUACACGCAAUCUCUCCAUCACUGCACUUGUGAAAGCAACGUUCUACAGACUUAACGAGUUGUUCACAAGGAAAAGAGCAGAAGUGGAGGCGAGGAUUAAUGCAGGCCAUGUUUUUACGGAGCAUGUGACCUCCAAAAUUCAUGCAAAUCAGCUUGCAGCAGGAAACAUUCAGGUUAAUUGCUUUGACAGGCAGAAUGAGGUAUUUGAAGUGCGUGAGAUGCCAAGUAGGGUGGAGUAUGUUGUUGACCUCCGUCGUCAGAGAUGUGAUUAUGGUGAGUUCCAGGUGGACCGGAUUCCUUGCCGGCAUGUGUUUGCAUGUUGUGCAAAUCAACGACUAGAUUGGCAGGUAUAUGUGCAUGACGUAUAUAAGAUGGACCAGGUCAGGCGCGUGUAUCGGGCUAGGUUUAGGCCAUUAGGGAAUCCUACUACGUGGCCUUCUUACAAUGGUCCCCGAUUCGUACCGAACCCGUACCUAAGACGCGUUUCCAAAGGUCGGCCCAGGAUGACGCGCUUCUUGAAUGAGAUGGACACACGUAUGCUACGCCGUCCGAGGAGGUGUAGGCAAUGUGGAGCUGAGGGACACAGUCGUAGUAGAUGCCAUCAGGGAGGUCCUCCAGGUACCGACAAUAAUGCCCAUGAACUUUAUGAUGUAUUAACCGGUGUAACAUUUGUGAAUGUACUUUACGGUGAUCGAGUCAUUAACCGAACUGAUGAUCGAACCGGUCAGAGUACAGGUUCAUUGGAUAUUCAACGGUUCAUGCCUAAAUAUACCGGUUCAAACCAGUUUUUAUCCUUACAUGGUCCAAAUGCCGAAUCGGACCGAUAUAGGGUCCGGUUUGCCGGUUAUCCGGACGAACUGAUCCGGUCCGGUCCGGUUAUCAUAACACUGCCAUCGUAA